AUGCACACAAUUCCCAACAUGCCCUUGGGCAACGUUCAGCAACGGCACGUUGUGAGAAUUUUUUUCCCGCGGCUCUACAGUACAGAAUGGCCGGUCGACCAAUUGACCCAGGACAAAUUAGCUCUCAUAUACGAUCAAUGCCUCCGUCCUACAAUGUUGGAGGUUGUGCCCGAAUCACGCGAUAAAUGGCCGACCACUUAUGCACAAUCCAGGAGUCGCACUGGUUCGCUCGCUUUCAGUAGUACAGACAUUCCCUGGUAUAGGUUAGAACAGGUUGCAACGACUCUGCUAGCCAAACUUGCGGAUCUGGGACCUGGAUUCAGGGACGCCUAUUUUGGGCUGAGAGGAACGAAAGGUGCUACCAUCCACAACGGGAGGGAUGAAGAUGAGCGACACCUGGCGAUGGACGAUUUAUUUGAGCAUGUCGAUGUCGACAGCUUAGAUCCUGAGCAAUGGCACGUGGAUGUUGCACUGACCAUCGGCGUACCAGGGCACGUUGUCACAUGGCGCGAAUCUUCUCACCGCGAGCUCUUGAGCUAUCUGAUGUCUGCCACAUCCACACAGCAGAUCUCUCGCCUGAUCAAUAACAAGAACCGGUUUCAUCUGGACCGCGCACUGCAGAUCAAAGAAUUUGCCGGCUUUCGUGCCACUACGACCCAUUGUGCAGGUGCAUUGGGUCCAUCGUAUGUGCAGGCGUAUUGCACCGAGAAGAAUGUGACGUACUCUAUGAAUCCAGGGGUGUUCCGUCGACAUCAGGCCAAGGAGCUUCUGCAGGAGACCGAAAACAAUAUAAUCAAAGAUAUGGACAUCAUGAGUAACAUAUUUUUUGAAUGCGCUGGUGAAGGAGGAGUGGAAGGUCGCGAUGGUUGCGCUCGCUUGGAAAUUCGGGUUUCGUUGGCCAAUGCCAUGAACUCAUUGUCCACCCUCCCCGAGGAGCUCAUUAAGCGCUGUGUCGUCGCUAUUGAAAGAAGAGUGUCGUGGUAA